GCUUUCGAGGAGCUCAACCUGAGGACGUUCCCUUGCAUGGACAUCAAAGAUGGGCCCCGCUAUGACCUCUUGGUUCCCGCGCGCCUGCGGGCGCUCGAGGCGGUCCUGAGGCUCCAGACGACGGUGACCUGCAAGCUCGGCUACGCGAUGCUGUGCGACGGCCGGCUUCGCGCGCUCGCGGCCGCCUCCGACCGGCUCGGCGACGGCUUCAGGCGGAACCUGACCUCGGGCUUGUCGCAGCCGCCGACCCGAACACCCUCGAGAGCAGGUGCGAUCACCUCCGGCCGUGCAUCAUUUUCGGCCAGGACUCCAACCUCGAGGCAGCUCGGAAGCAAGCGGCCCGCGCCCUCAGAGGCCAGAAAGGCCGCUGGCCGGCGCUCCCGCGCCUGUAACUUCGUGGAAGCCAUCAAGGGCAGCUGCUGUUCGAGACUUCGACUGGCCACGCGCGCAGUGGAUCUCAAGUGGGCCUCCGAAUCCAAGAUUGAUCAGUUGAUGUGCAAGUAUUUUGAUGACCUCAUGAGCGACACCCGACAUCCUGCUGAGGGGCGAUACGCGUUCUGGUGUUUCCUGACCUUCUUCCCUCGGGCCGACGUUGCCAAGUCCGCCCGGCUCGUGAUGUCCGGAGAGGCGAUGAAGGGUUGGGUUCGACGGUUCCCAGGGUCUUCUCGACAUCCUUGGCCGCUUUGCGUCUUCUUCCUCUUCAUGGUCGUUUUCCUGAAGAGCGGCCACGUGGACGCUGCGGUCGCCCUCGCCACCCAGCUGGACGCCUACCUGAGACCCUCCGAGAUCUGCGAGCUGCGCUGCUGUUCAGUGGUUCGACCGUCUGCGCUCACUUCAAGACUGGCUCGUGCAAGAUGGGCCGUGGUCAUUGGGAACUCCGACCUCGGCGAGACCACAAAGACCGGCGAGAGCGACGACACGGUCGUGCUCAAUUCGCCAAGCCGUGAGUGGAUUGGCUCUGUGCUGGACAUGUGGGCUCG